GUGUGUGAGUAGCUCUCCUGAUGUCUGGAGAAAGCCCGGGGCGGGGCCACCCUGGGCGGGGAAGCUCCCCAAGCAAGGCCCAGGCUUCUCGGCCUACACUGGGGGAAAACUCCCAGGCUUCUUCUAAUGUGGAUGUAAAUCCUAAAGUCAUUCCAGUACAGAAGAAUACUGAGCAUGUAAGUCCAGCCAUUGUAAAGAAGGAAAAUACAGCGAAGGACGUAUGUAAAGAAAAGAAAGCAGCAGCAGCAGCAGCAAGUAUGUCUAAGGAAUGUGAUGUGGAACAGUCUGCCAGCCAUGGUGUACAGUGUGAUGGUAAUAUGACUGAAUUCAAGACAGAAUCCAUUGUGGGAACUCCAAAGUCUGCAAACCGAGGCCAUGUUGGUGCACAGGAGCUGGGGCAGAGUGGAUCACAUGUUGGUGCACAGGAGCUGGGGCAGAGUGGAUCACAUGCAGCAGGUGUGCAGCUCCACUCUCCAGCACAGAGGCAGAGGAGGACAUCACUGGAGAGACAGACAUUGCAGGAGAACCUGAAACAACAAGAGGUGGUCUCCAGCAUGACCCGCUCAGGCCGCACAAGAUCCCAGGCUGGAGGUAAGAGCCAUAACACUGACAAGUCUAUGGAGGUGACACCAGGGAAAUAUGUGGAGAAAUAUGAAAGUGUUUACAAAACUGUUCCUGCCCCGGACCCUAAUGUAUGUGACCGGGCCUCAGGAGAUACAAGCAGCCAAGGCUCCUCUGUGUUCACCCAGCCUGAGAGACUGUCCAGACCCCUCCAGCUGGGCAAAGAGACCACCCGGGCACCAGAGCUACAGCUGGCGGAGGAGAUCCCUGCACUGGUGAGGAGGAUGGAGGAGCUGAAGCACCUAAAACAUAUGCUGCAAAUGCAGAUUGACUGUAUAUACAAACUGAAGACAGCAAAUCCACAAUACAAGUCCAUGCAUGAUGAUAAACUGUAUACACUGAGCACAGAACUGGCCACCAUAGUGAGUGAGAUGGACUCUAUACUGGAGAGGAUGGGACCCUUAGCGGAAUCCUAUAGGAAUAAGGAACGCUUUUCCCAGUACCAGCUGAGUUUUGGUGCAGAGCCCAGAUCGGAUGUGGCACCUGUCAUCACCCCAGAUGAGCCCCAGGAGGUGACAAGACCCCUUAUAAAACCCCCAAGUUUCACCUUCAAGGAUCGGCAUGUUCAUAAGCCCGAGGAGCAGCAACCUCAGAGACCUGCAGAUGUUCUGGAGCCUGCAACUCACUUACCUGCAGAGGCACUACAAGUCCCAGAAGUCCCAGUGCAUCAGGAGGACAGUGGACAUUUGCCGGUGUAUGAAGGUGAUGGGGUGAUGGAGCAGAGCUCUAAUGUUGGGGCACGGACUGGGGGUGAGGACUGUGAUAAUGUUGGGGCACGGACUGGGGGUGAGGACUGUGAUGAUGUUGGGGCACGGACUGAGGGUGCGGACUAUGAUGUUCCUGAGGGGUCGGUGGCUGGAGGGGGUGCACAAUCUGUGUGGGGUGUAAUGUCUGAUAAUGAUAUAGAGGUGGAUGGGACAGGUGAUGUUGUACACAAUUCUGUGCAUGAUUUCCCCCCUUUACCUACAAGCACAGCAGCUGUGGUGGGGCCCCCUAGAGUAGACCCCAACCCUGUAAGACAGGACACAGUUACCCGCCAGGUUCCUCCUAGAAAUGCCUGGAGCCGUGGUGCUCCAUCCUUCACCUCCAGCGCCAAUUACACUGGCCAGGCAUUUAAAAGGAGGAAUGUGGUGAGAUUUCGGCACAGAGGUGCCAAGGAGGACCUUCCGGAUAGGAGGUUUGUGGUGAGGGAGCUCCUGUGCCACCAGAUGGGGUUUGUGCCAGCGGACAUCUUGGCAGUAAUAAAUCUUCCAGAUAGACAGGGCUAUGAUGUCAGCUUUAAGCUCAUGUCUAAUCUGGAUAGGUUCUGGUCCAACUUCCCCAAGUUCAGAGACAAGGAUGGAUGGAGUAAAUUUAGUUUUAUUCCCAUAUCCAAGCCAGAUACCGUCAUCAUCAAUAUCAUCUUCUGGAAUGAAGCUGUUCCUCCCCAGGACAUUGUGGUGUGGCUCCGCAGACAUUGUGACCUGGUGUCUGAUCUCACCAAGAACAGAGAUGAUGACGGUAUCUGGACUGGAGGGUGGAAGGUCUUGGUGAAGCUGCGCCAACAUGGGAACAUCACACAACAUCUGCCCAACUCCUUCUUCAUUGGGAGGGAAAAGGGCGUUUGCUUCUACCCCGGUCAGCCCAGAAAGUGCUUUAAAUGUGGUAAACCUGGACAUCUGGCUAACACCUGUACUGUGGUAAAGUGUAACCUGUGUGGUGAGACUGGUCAUGUAAGUGCUGAUUGCCAGAACAUCAGGUGCAAUCUAUGCGGUGAGAUCGGUCACCCUCACCGGGACUGUCCCAAUGCCUGGCACAACAUCUGCCGGGAGCUUCCUGAUGAGGACCUUGUGGCGGGGGCAGAGGCUGUAGAGGAGGAGGCUUUGUUAUCAGACCCUAUACUGACCAGACAGGAGGUUCAGACAGAUGUGAGUAACACUGCACCAACACCUCAGCAGUCAGAGAGCACACAGGGGGACAUGGAGGUUGUGCCACAAGACCAGCAGCAGCCGGGGGUAUCCUCUUCUGUGUCUGAGGGGAAUAGGAUGCAGCAAAAUAAAAGGAGGAAAAAAGACAAGUCCUCCCGCAGGCCUGAGGGGGAGAACAGCAUCGUUCAAAGUGUGAAAAAAAGGGCUGACAACAGGGCAGGAGUGAUGGUGGUGUCCAACAGGUACGAGGUCCUGUCAGAGUCCGAGGGAGAUUUGGACACUGAGAUAAAAAGAAUAGAGGGUGAAUGUGAUGGUGACACAAGGGACCAACCCCCAAUAAAAAGAAAACCGCAGAGUGUGAAAGAUAAUGUAGAGUCAGAUAUGGAGACAGGUGGUGGCCAGCGGGACUCAGAUUCUGACUUGUGAUGAUGGGGAUCAGGUCUCUGCUCUUCUGUCUUAUCAUGGCUGGGUUUACUUUAAGGGUCCUUUCUACUAAUGUGAACAGUAUCAAAGUGAGGAGGACACGGCACAUAGUCUAUGACCAUCUUAGAGACCUGGACACAGAUGUCAUCUUCA